ACAUCAGUAGCUCCUGGACAGCCAUAGAGCACACAAACACACACACAAGUGAAGGAAGGAAGGAAAGAAGGAAGGAAGAGAAAGUGUGAUAACAGAACGGGAUUACUAAGAAAGAAAGAAAGGAAGAAAAGAAAGAAAAAGAGACAAAGAAAAGAGAGAGAGAAAAGAAAGAAAAAAAAUAGACAAAAAAAACAAGUGAGAGAAAGGAAAAAAAGGAGAAAAAAACUGAAUUAAGAAAAGAAAGGAAGAAAGAAAAGAGGAAAAAAGAGGAAGAAGGAAAAAGAAGAAGAGGAAAAAAAGUCAUAAUCGAGUAACAAACACACACACACACACACACACACACACACACACACACACACAAACACACACACACACACACGCCUGGUGACAAGAUUAGCCCACCUGUAAUUAUCCUAAAACAACCCUUGUCAAACGAAGAAGAGGAAGAAGAGGAAAAGGAAGAGGAGGAGGAAGAGGAGGAGGAAGAAGAAGAGGAAGAAGAAGAACCUAUCCUAAUCCAUAUCCAGGCAACACAGACACCAGCAACACACAGGAUGGCUCGCGGGAAGGGCAGCGCCACAUCAGGCUGGGACGAACAUCACGAACUCCUGCAAUACCUCCUGUACAUCUUCAAUACCGUGUUCUUCGCCGCCGGGGCAGGGGUGUUCGCCAUGUGCCUGUACAUUCGCUUCGACACGGACAUGGGCGAGUACGUGGACAGCCUGGGCUUGCACUUCUACUGGAGGGCCACGAACACCGUCAUGGUCGCCUCCACGCUGGUCAUGAUUAACUGUUUCCUCGCCUGCUGCGGCUCCUACUACUCGAAUAAGACCGUGAUCGUUGCCUACAUCAUCAUGACGUUCAUCACCUUCGUCAUGCUGAUCGCGGGGUCGGCCUACGUGCUGGCUAACGGACUGGAGUCGUCGAACGUGUACCCGUAUAUCCAGAAGACCAUGCGAGAACUCAUCUACCGAUAUCAGUGGGACGUGGCCGCCAGGCGCUCCGUGGACAUCAUUCAGGAAUACGUGGGCUGCUGCGGCGGCUACUCGUCCAGUGACUUCACCGACAUCCACCUGCCGGUACCCAACACGUGCCGCGACCAGGUAACAGGCAACCAGUACGGCGACUCGUGCGCAGAGAUCUUCGCCCAGUACCUCGAAGUCCGGACUGGCUGGCUCACUGGACUCUCCCUCUGCCUGUGUUUCUUUCAGUGCUUCGCCGUCAUGAUCUCCAUCUGCAUGUACAUGGCCAUCAGGGAGAGGGACGAGAUGAAGAGGGACAGAAUGUAACCAAGAGGAAGACGAGGAGGAGGAGGAGAAGGAAGAGGAAGAAGAGGAGGAAAAGGGAACAUAUAUGAAAUGGGAUUGAGGGAGUUAAAAGAGAAUGCAAGAAGAAAGAGAUAAGAGAAGAAGAGAUGAAGAGGAGAGGAGAUGAAGAUCGAGGAACAGAAUAUAACCAAGAGGAGGAAAAGGGAACAUAUGAAAUGGGACUGAGGGAAUUAAAAGAGAAUUCAAGAAGAAAGAGAUUAAAGAAGAAGAGAUGAAGAGGAACAGAAUAUAACCAAGAGGAAGAAGAGGAGGAGGAGGAGAAGGAAGAGGAGGAAAAGGAAACAUAUGAGAUUGGAAGGAGGGAAUUAGGAGAGAAUGCAAGAAGAAAGAGAUUAAAGAAGAAGAGAUGAAGAGGGACAGAAUAUAACCAAGAGGAAGAAGAGGAGGACGAGGAGAAGGAAGAGGAGGAGGAAAAGGAAACAUAUGAGAUUGGAAGGAGGGAAUUAGGAGAGAAUGCAAGAAGAAAGAGAUUAAAGAAGAAGAGAUGAAGAGGAACAGAAUAUAACCAAGAGGAAGAAGAGGAGGAGAAGGAGAAGGAAGAGGAGGAAAAGGGAACAUAUGAGAUUGGAAGGAGGGAAUUAGGAGAGAAUGCAAGAAGAAAGAGAUUAAAGAAGAAGAGAUGAAGAGGAACAGAAUAUAACCAAGAGGAAGAAGAGGAGGACGAAGAGAAGGAAGAGGAGGAAAAGGAACAUAUGAGAUUGGAAGGAGGGAAUUAGGAGAGAAUGCAAGAAGAAAGAGAUUAAAGAAGAAGAGAUGAAGAGGGACAGAAUAUAACCAAGAGGAAGAAGAGGAGGACGAGGAGAAGGAAGAGGAGGAAAAGGAAACA